AUGAAUUUUACGUACGUAAAGCGUAAGAGAAAUAGUUAUUUGAUUGAACGCGAUGAUCUAUUCGCUUGGCGCUUAAAAUAUUUAGAGGAUAUUCGCAAAUACCGCGGAGAAGGCAGAACCAUUUAUUUUUUGGACGAAACGUGGGUUAACGCAGGUGACGUUAGAGUUAAGGCCUGGCAUGAUGAAAUAAUAAAAUCUGGACGAGAUGCUUACAUCAGAGGAUUGACCACGGGACCUGCCAAUCCAAGCGGGAAAGGAAAAAGGUUAAUCGUUCUACACAUAGGUAGUCAGGAAGGCUUUGUGGAAGGCGGUCUCCUUUGUUUUGAAUCGAAGAAGAAUUCUUCUGAUUAUCAAGACGAAAUGAAUGGGGACACUUUCAGAGAAUGGUUCAACGCAAUUUUAGGAAAAUUACACGAUAACUGCGUCAUUGUGAUGGGUAAUGCUUCUUACCAUUCUGUGAAGGAGGAAAAAGUCCCCAGCAGUUAA